CAUAAGAAUCCUUCCCAAGAAACACACCACACUCGCACACAAGGAGACCGAGACAGUGAGAAACGGGAAACAAAACAUGGAGUAUUUUUGGGCUCGGACAAUGUUGCCAAUCAUUUUCCUUUUUCCGGCAUUGGUUGAAUCCACCGUUCGUCAUUAUAAUUUCACAGUGGCCACAACGAACACUACUAAGCUUUGUUCAAGUAAGUCCAUCGUCACAGUCAAUGGAAAGUUUCCAGGGCCAACUCUAUUUGCAAGGGAAGAUGAUAAUGUCAAUGUCAGAGUUAUCAACAAUGUCCAAUACAACGUUACCAUCCACUGGCAUGGGGUCAGGCAGCUACUUACAGGGUGGGCUGAUGGUCCAGCAUAUAUCACACAGUGCCCAAUACAACCAGGGCAAAGCUAUCUAUACAAUUUCACUCUUACAGGCCAAAGAGGUACACUUCUUUGGCAUGCACAUAUUUCAUGGCUAAGGACAACAGUACAUGGUGCCAUUGUCAUAUUGCCUAAGAAAGGUGUUCCUUACCCUUUUCCAAAACCUAACAAAGAAAAACUCAUCGUCUUAGGUGAAUGGUGGAAAACUGAUACUGAAGCAGUGAUCAAGCAAGCUAUGCAAACUGGUUUGGCACCAAAUAUUUCAGAUUCUCACACCAUUAAUGGCCAUACAGGACCAGUUCCUGGUUGCACUUCUCCAGGCUACACCUUACAUGUUGAACGUGGCAAGACCUAUCUGAUCCGCCUUGUCAAUGCAGCAGUAAACGAUGAGCUAUUUUUCAAAAUUGCAGGCCAUAAUCUAACUGUUGUUGAAGUUGAUGCUUGCUACACCAAACCUUUUAACACCGACAUAGUAUUUGUCGGCCCUGGCCAAACCACAAGUUUCCUACUAACUGCUGAUCAACCCACCGGCAAGUACUUAAUAGCUGUCUCUCCUUUUAUGGAUACUAUUGUUGCUGUUGACAAUGCCACUGGAAUCGCUUUCUUGCGAUACAAGGAUACCGUAAAAUUUUCUCCACCAGUCCUGACGACGACUCCAGCAAUCAACGCGACAUCAGAAACAUCAAUCUUUCUAGACAAACUUCGAAGCCUGAACUCGAAAAGAUACCCUUGCAAUGUCCCUUUAACAGUAGAUCAUUCUCUAUACUUCACAAUUGGGGUCGGAAUUAAUUCUUGCCCGACAUGUGUUAAUGGUAGCAGGGCAGUAGGAGACAUCAACAACGUUAGUUUCGUGAUGCCAACAAUGGAUUUGCUCGAAGCGCAUUACUACAACAUUAGUGGUGUUUUUACAGAUGAUUUUCCAGCAAAUCCACCAACACCUUUUAAUUAUACUGGUAAUUAUACGGGUGGCUUUGCCACGAGUAAUGGAACUAGACUUUAUAGACUAGCUUUUAAUUCAACGGUUCAGGUUGUGUUACAAGGAACUGGUAUUUUGGCACCUGAAAGUCAUCCAUUUCAUCUUCAUGGUUUUAAUUUCUUUGCUAUUGGAAGGGGAGUAGGGAAUUAUGAUCCAGUAAAUGACCCAAAGAAAUUCAAUCUUGUUGAUCCUGUGGAAAGGAAUACUAAUAGUGUACCUACUGGAGGAUGGGUUGCAAUCAGAUUCCGGGCAGACAACCCAGGUGUUUGGUUUUUGCAUUGCCAUUUGGAAGUACAUACAUCAUGGGGACUGAAGAUGGCAUUUGUGGUGGACAAUGGAGAAGGCCCAAAUGACUCUAUCAUACCACCUCCAAAAGACUUGCCGAAGUGCUAGACUUGUAUAAAGCUGCUUUGAAAUCAAGCAUAAGAGUAGGGCAUUGAAGGGAGUAGAGUCUUGAGAAUGAGAGACUGAUCCAAAUACACAAAACAAAGAUUUGAUUAAGGCAAUAAACAAAAGAGAAACUUUGGGUAUUAUUCUUCUCUUCUUUUUUCGAGUUAACAAAAUGAAUCUGCUCAAAUUGAGUAAAUAAAGCUACAAAAGAUAGUUCAUGUCUUACCAUUUUAAUUUUAUUUCCGAGUAGAAAUUGUUUCUGUCAGUAGUUUUUACUUGACGACAUGCAUAUCUACGUGCUUGUAAUUCUAAUAUUUUUCUCCUUGUAAUUACAAAAUGUGAAAAGUCAUUAGUUUU